UUGUUCACCUUCAACCCAGCAUCAAUCAGGACUAGAAUUGUUAUCAAAGAAAAUAGAAGUGUGAUUUUGGAUGCAGAAUCAGUGGUAUUUGAAUCGUUAUUAUAUACAUCGUGUUGGAUUUUACAGAUGAAAAAAAUUAACAGCUUAAAACAGAUAUGUGGCAACACUGACAAGCGUAUGUCAACAACAAAGUGGAAUUAGUGACGAUUUAGUGGUGGAUGUAGCUGGUCGCCCGCUUUAGAAUUUGGGUUUAUCAAUUGGAGAUGAUCAGGCCAUGACUACCACUGAACAACAUGGAGGCAGUAGCCAAGCAGCCUCAUCUGCUUCAAAUGGUAGUGGUGGUAGUGGCACCACCAAUAGUAGCAGCAGCAAUGGAGAUGCAGUCAAUGAGCCUCAGCAAGAAGUGCCUGCCAGUGGUCCAAUUGUGCCAGGAGGCCCAAAUGGUCCUGAUGGAACUAUUAUAGAAGAGGUCAUGACCACUGUGGUAGGCAAGAAGCAGCCUGUCCGUGGUCAGGCAUACAGAGCACCUAGCGGAGAUUAUACUUCCUACUACUGUGCUGAUGACACUCUGCUCUACAGACCAGGAGAUUCAGUUUACAUUGAGAGCCAACGGGCUGACCAACCGUUCUUCAUUUGCUCUAUACAAGAAUUUCGUCGUAGCAAGAGAGAUAACCUGAUGGUCAACAUAAAAUGGUUCUACAGACCCUCUGAAGUUCCUGAAACAGUUUACCAGCUUCUUGUCCAGGAUAGAAACACAGAAAACAAUAAUAAAUCGCUGGCAAUUGAUGAGCCUCUGAUCAAGUCUCGUGAGCUUUUCAUCUCAGAUGCAACAGACACAUACCCAGUGUCUGUCUUACGGGGGCAUUGUCGCGUUGACCACUAUGCUGACAUCCAUGCUGUACGGGAAUUCAUGCCUGAUAAAAAUUCUUUUUUCUACAUCCUGGGAUACAAUCCAGAGACCCGUCGACUCGCCAGUACACAGGGCGAGAUUCGUAUUGGACCUUCUCAUCAAGCAAAACUUCCUGAGUUUGAACCUCAAAUUCCUGGGGAGCCUCGCGUGGUGCAGACAACACGACCUCUGGAAGAAAUUCGCUGGUUGCCUGGUAUGGCAAAAGACACUGACAUAAUCAUGUUCUUGAGAGCAGCUCGCUCCAUGGCUGCAUAUGCUGGUCUUGUCGACUCUGGGUCAACUGAAGGCUGCAAGGCGGCCUCUCACGAUGACACCACCAUAGCAGCUCUCGAAAUCCUUCACAGCUGCGAUUACGACCACGACCUGGCGCUCCAGAAGCUGGUCAAGUGUCCGUUACCUCAGCGGAUAGACAAGAAGUGGACAGAAGAAGAAAACAAAAAAUUCAUCAAAGGACUCCGUCUGUAUGGCAAAAAUUUCUUCAGAAUACGAAAGGAGCUGCUAUCGCACAAGGAAACUAGCGAGCUGGUCUCACACUAUUAUCUGUGGAAGAAGACCCCGGCGGCUGCUGGGCACAGACCACAUCGUAGACACCGACGGCAGAACGUCCUGCGCAGGAUCCGGACGCCGCGAGCUCCUCGACACAACCCUCCUUCAGAUCCACUAGAUCCUUCAUCUACAUCGGAGCGCGAGGACGACUCCGAUGACAGUGACAGCAAAGACAGACAAGGAUACCACUGCAGGCAUUGCUAUACCACCAGCUCUAAAGACUGGCACCAUGCUGGCAAAGACAAAAGCUUAUUGUGUUACGACUGUAGAAUACACUUCAAAAAAUAUGGAGACUUGCCUAUCAUCAUCAACCCACGUGAACCACCCCCAAUAUCAACGCAAACGCCCACCUCCAAACAACAGGUUGAAGAGGAAGUGCGGAUGGUUCGCACCCGUACUCGUACCAAAGAACAGAACCAGUCAAGUAGUGUCUCUACAAGCACGGCUGCCACACCACCUGCACCUCCUACCUCAACCUCCAACCGACAACAGCUCACUCCACUGACGUCAUCACCACAGCAGCAGCAAGCAGCUCUUCAACAAAAUAAACAUGGCCAAAAGCGCUCUCGCGCCAGCACUCCUGAUACCCCCAACUCUUCUUUCAAUAUGAUUACUUCCUCUGCACCGACAUCCGUCGCAGCUGCGGUUUCUUGCCACGUAUCAACUUGCAUAACAACGGCAUCCACGACCAUGACUCACUCGGCUCAAUCUCAAGCCGUCACAGCCGCAGCUUCCCCUCUCAAAGAUUCCAGUAUUGACGGAAUUUCAUCUAACCUGAACCAAGGUUCCAAUGUCAGUACAAUGGCCGGCAAUUCUGUUGGCAACCUGAGUACCCCAGCCAGCUUAGAUGACAGCACUCCCAGUCCCGACUCUGGUUCCGAAGUUGAUCCCAUGCCUAACAUGGAGCGCCGCAGCACGCCUCUACCUCGGCAGUCAGCCUCGCCUGCUCCUAAGAAGAUGGAGGAUCGACCGUCUCCAUUGGCCAGCAUGGAGUCCAAGAAAUCAAUUCUGACUAAGCGCAUCCGAAACGAGGACGAGUGCAGCGAUAUCACACUACCCAAAAAACGCGACCUGGCGUCUCCCUUGCAGAGCUGGGAUAGCCAAGCCACAAACGACGCUGCAGUCGUUGUCUCGUCAGCAUCUGCUGCGGUGGUGAGCAGCUCUGACACGUGCAGCGUUGUCAGCACGGCUGCGCCCGUCUCCUCUGUCAUACCUUUCACUGUUCACCGUCAUCCCGGUCUGCCUCAUCCCUCUCCUCCUCCUCCUUCUCUUCCUCCUCCUCUUCCUACUCCUCAGGAGACGUCCUCCUCCUCUGAUAUCUCAGCGCGCACUGAGUCUCCCCUCUAUUCUGCGCCUCCCAGGCUCCUGCUCGGCCCCCCGCCCCCGGCAACCAACGCUCCUUCCGUCACGUACUCCAACACCCCCGUCGCCCCGUACUCCACAGCUCCUUCCCUGCCAACUGCCUCCAUGGCACGCCCUUCUUACCCUCCCCCUCCAGUGUCCAUGCCCUCACACUCCCACAUUUACGGGCAUCCUACCCUCUUCCCCCCGCCUGCUGGGGCUUCUCCUCGUCCUCACACUCCCCUCGUGUCGCACUCCCAGUCUCCUAAACCUCCCCCUCCGGCACACUCGUACCCACCACCGUCCUCGGUUCCGGCCACCAGCGCCAACGCGCCUCACUCACUCAUCCCGAUCGCCCAUCACUCCAACCCCGCCUCACAUGCGGCGAAACAGCGUCCUCCCCACGCCAUCAUGGCCUCCAUCUCCCCUGCCGGCAUCGCAGAUAAAGUUCGUCAUCUACCGCCCGCCGUGCCAGCUCCUCCCGUAUCUCCCCACUCUUCACCUUUUCCUCACCUGCCGAAACCUGCUGACCUGGAGGCUGGCGUACGACUGCCUAUACGUCCCGCGCCGCCCGCACACUCCUCGCACCCCUACUCCCCUGCCUCCUCCCAAAACGCGGGAUACCCAAGAUUGGGCAACCUCUUUACGCCCCACAAGCUGGAACUGAAGCAAGAGGAGGCUCCCCUUAGGCUUCAUAAACCCAAAGUCGAGCCCGAGCCGCUACUGAAAAUGGAGCCCAAAGUUGAACCUAAAACCGAAGUGAAGAAUGAGAUGGUGAGUGUGAAAACUGAGGGUCUGGUGACCGUGAAGCAGGAGAGCAGCUUGCUCGCGCGGCCUCACGAAUACAAACACGAGAAGCCUGCAGAUCGGGAUAAGCCAGAGAUUAUUGCAGAGAUAAAAGCUGAGAGUAAGCCUCCGUCUCUAGCUCCUCCUCCAGGAGGGUUACCACCUCACCUUGCUUCCUCAAUGCAGCACUAUCCCUACCUUUCAUACCCUUUCUCACCUGUGCAAUUGCAGCAUAGCUUUUCCACUCGCUCCGUACUGUCACCUCAUCGCCCGCCUCCUCAGUCCGCUCAGACGCCGCCACGCUCGACCCUGCCUCCACCGCCGUCCCUCAUUUCCACUCUCACCACCUCUGCCGUAUCGCGCUCCGCUCCUCUCUCAGCUCCCCCCGCGCAUUCCCAGGUACCACUUUUCUCGCCCUCGCGCUUGCCUCCCCAUCACCUCCCUCCCCCUCCGCCAUCACACAAAGUUGCAUCAUCGCCUAGCUCAUCCCGAUCUCCAGGACUCUCAUCACACCCUUCUAUGCCCCUGCCCCUACCCCCCGCUGCUCACACCGGCCCCGCCACCAUCACACCGCUCAACGCUCACCGCAUCGCGCCAUCGUCGUCCCAGCAUCCGCCUCCCACCACGCAGGCGUUGCCCGCCAACGUCAACCCCGCCAUGGCGGUCUUCGGGUCCCAGGACGACAACGGCGAGGACGAUGAAGACGAGCACUCAAUGAACAGGGAGCCAUCACCUCCGCCCAAGAUUGAGGACUCAGAGUGCCACAGAUCUGGCAGUGCCAUUUUCCUGAGACAUUGGAACCGUGGUGAGAACAACUCGUGUGCCCGCACGGACCUCAUCUUCAAGCCCGUGCCGGACAGCAAGCUCGCCAGGAAGCGCGACUCCCGCCGCCUCGCGCAGCAAGACAGGGAGGACCGCGAGCGUGCGCAGAGGAAAGCCGCUAGUGGAACUCCUGACCGACGAGGAGGCGACACCCCCAAGAUGAUCGAGGAGAGGUCAGGUCUUGGGUCUGCUGCUGUGGCCGCCAUGCUGGGCGCCCCGCCCCCCUCAGCCGCGGCUGCAGGCUUCUACGACAGACUCUUGCCCCCACGCAAUGCGCCUGAACCUUCCCAGCUUGCUAGACUUGGGGAAUACGGGCGCGCGCACUCAGGCCUCUCCCCCGGCUCGUCUCGAGGCCUUGUCAUGGCGCCCCCCGUGAGCACCUCAGCAGGACCUUCGUGUACGAGCUCCUCUCUGGACCCCAUGAUGUCCUACGCUACUCUUCUCGCUCUCUAUCCUCCUGGAUCCAGAGAACGACUCGAGCUUGAAGCGCACGAGCGCGAUUUCCGUGAGCGUGAGCUUAACGAUCGUUUCAAGGAAGAGAUGCUGAAACGCGACGCUGCUGUUCAUCAUUCCCUUCAAGCCUCUCACUGGCUGGGUGGACGACCUCCAGGGUAUCCUCACGUUGUACCCAGUACCCUCGCCCCGCACUCAACAAGCAGCUUUGUUCACCCACCGCCCCACUACGUGAACGCCUCCCUCUACGGAGCUCAUAGUCACUCAGUCGCUACUUCUGCACUCAUGGCAGCGGCUGCUGAGCGAGAUCGAUACGAGCGAUUAGCAGCAGCUGCCGUGAUGUCGCCCUACCCACAACGACAGCUACUGCGGCCUGGCGAGCCCCCCCAGCACCACCCCUCACUGCCCCCCAGCCCCUUCGUGACGUCACACGCCAGCGCCGCUGCUGUCGCCGCUCUCCUCGGAGGGGGCCGCCCUCCCUACGAUGACCCUCUCUCUCAGCUGGCAGCUGAGCAGCUGCAUCGACAGCUGCUGCUUGACCGAGAUCGUUAUGGUCACCUGAAUCCUCCAGCUCCGCCCCCUCCGCCCGGUUCCUUCAGACCUUAGCUCUCGCCUCACGCGGAGGAAGCGACCAUCGGUCGACAUGCUUCUCUCACGUCCUUGCUUUUUUUCGACCAGUAAACUGGAUACUUUCAUGCCUCCCAUGCUUGGAUAUUCCCCAGAACAUUUUUUCCGAACCAGCUAUGGGUAUUGCACCAGGGAGAACUUAUAGGCUUAUGUCUGGACAACUUCGGUGCGAGCGGUUUGCUGGACUCCCAAAAGCCUUAAUUGUGCAAGCUCCGUCGAGUAUAUUACUUCAUGAGACCGUGUAAGAAAAUCUCGAAAGCCGAAGGCUUCGGAUGUCUUCUACGGCCUGAUUUAAAUCUCGCUUGGUUGUCAUUCUGGACCUCAUACAUGCCGUUAUCGGGAGGCAACUGUGAUCUAUUUCAUGAAUUAUCAUAAUUAUUCUUAGUUACGGUUCGUAUGCUGCACUGCGUACUUGAGUGAAUAGAUUAAUCUAUGAUUAAAAAAUAGGACGAAGAUUAGAACGCUCCCUUCUUAUAAUUGUGCUUCCUCUUGGGCAGAGAACUCGAUGUCAUUACGGAUCGAAAACAAUUGUCAUAUAUGUACCCAAAUCGGUUUUUUAAGGAUUGUUUAUUUUGGUAUUGAAAUUAUUACAUUGUAUGAAUCUUUGUUUGUAGUUCAACCCACGUAUCAUCGUGUUGAUUUUUAUUGCAAUGCAUAUUUAUUUGAAAAGACGUGAUUUUUGGGAAAUGUAUCAAAUUCUAUGAUCUCUUGAAUAUUUAUUACUUGUUCGGUGGAUUUGGUGGCAUUACCAUCGACUUCUAAACAGUCCAUGCCAGCUUGAUUUGAAAUACGAGUAUGCCCAGCUGUCGGCUAGGCAACUCUCUGUCUCAUUCUUUUUCGUUGCAUUUUAGUUUCAUUGUUCGUCAUUAUCUCUGAACAGAUGAUCUCUUGCUCGCCUUUCUCGAGCUUCCCUCACCGUUGCUGUAUGUGGCCAACUCUUUUUGAAGCUCUUGUCAUACGUGCGUAUUUUUCGUGAUGUUAGUCCCUUGUAAAUAGCCUCGACAAAUGGUAUUCUGCAAUACUUAUUUUUAUAGCAAAUCUGUGUUUUGAUGUGUGUUAUGGUAUGCAUGGUGUCCCUCGUAUGUUCGCUCUAGCACUUACUUGCCCACUUACAUACUUGUCUCCUCUCAGGAUUCCUAACUGAGCUUAGAGCUUGAGGUCAUUUUCUGUUUAAUGCCCUCUUCACCUCUUCCAUCGCUUGAGCAGACGUCCGACACCUGAUCAGAGUUGCUUAUCUAUUUGGUCACUGUCCCUCAUUAUUUCCCGCUGAAAAUUGGCAGUCAACCGACAGCAACACGUCUUCACUUUCACCCGACGGCAGUCAACCGACGGGUGACUGCCGUCGGUGCAAUUUUUCACCCGACGGCUGUCAUCUCUUUCACCAGUCAGCUCUGGCUGGCGACAAUUUUGGCUUCCAUACGUAACCCUUGCCAGCCUUCUAAAAGGUAUGGACAAUUUAUUGUGUGCUUGAAGGAUAAUAAAGACAACGGCGAUCUGCUCUUUCAUCUUUCAGUUCGCGUUGGCGUUCAUUCUUUCGUCUUAUGAAUUACUAAGACAAUUCGCUUGUUCAACCUAAUGUCACGGAAUCAAGAAGAAAGUAUGUGAUCCCAUCAGUUUAGAGAAUUUUGUUAUUGUUGGACGAAUUAUGCUUGGAAAAUUGAUUCCCCUGUCGACAUUUAAUAUGUUCCGUUGUGUGCCUCCUCUUUGGGUCUUGCAUCAGUUUGAUAUGUACAUUAGAAUGCGGUAGCAGAUUUCACGUGGCGGGAAAUAAGAGAAUUGUUUUUAAAACCUGACUUUCAGGUCGCUGCUAAUCGAAAAACUGUAUUUCAUACUUUCUCAUUAGAGCAAGGUGAAGAUAUUUAUUCAGAGACAAUUCAAUUGCUGAUGAUCUACGCAUGAACUCGUGUAGUCAUUGUUUAAGCCAAUGCUGUCAUCAGAGAGAUGAGUGUUUGCUCCGCAUGUAGAAUUUUGUAUAGCGUCUGUCGUACACCGUCUAGUACAUAGUUCUUACC